CAAUUGUCAUUGAUGAUCGAUCCUCACAAUAGAUUGUUCGCCCCAAUCCUUCUCCGUUCCGCGGAGCAUCUUCAAAUAGAACAGAAUACACAAUCACACAGCCCGUGUCAUUGCAUCAGACCGAUACAGCUCAGAGAGGCGGCGCAGGGCUGGGCGGAUUCUUGGCAAUGAGGCAGAGGGAGAAGAAGGGCAACGCCUGUAAGAAAAUGGUGGCCCUUGGCUAAUUGAUGACUGAAGGAAUGAGAGAGACAAGCUUAACUAUUACUCUUAAAUAUAAUACGAACCAUGACCUCUUUUCUCUUACUCUAUUUCAAUCAAUACCCUUGCCUUGGCUGAACGCAAAAGCACGGAUCGAGAAACCGUUGACGAUACGGAUACUGCCAAUUAAACUGACCACCCCACACUGAAUCCUUUCUUUUCCUUUCUUCUACAUACUCAUAUACCCAUCACAACCUCGACCUUGUGUUUCUUGAUUUUUCUUUAUUCCCUUGUUUUCGCUUCAUUUCUUCUUUUCGGGGCCAGUUUCUUCUUAUUUGUACAUUGACUUUGGCAUUUAUUCAUCUUGGACCACCCUUUCGCCGAUUCGAUCACCAAUUCAUCGAUACAGCACAGCAGCAACUCGAAUUGUUCGCUUCCAUUCCUUCCGAAGCUGUGAAUAGAUUCCGUCUUCUUAUCGCUCAUUUAUCCGCCCGAGGCCGCUGCCAUGGCCAUUUCUUCGGGCUUCGCCCUUUUGCUGGCUGCCAGCGCCGCAUUGAAUCCCGUCGCUGCUGCACCUUCUAGUAAGUCGACACUCUUCGCGAGCGCGCAUGUCGCUUCACAAUUGUCGUCGUCGAGCGCAUGGAAGCUGGUGUGGCGCGAUCGCAUGCAUUUUCUUACCCAGAUCUUGGGAUCGCGGAUCGGAGCUAACGUGAUCCGAUCGCAGUCGACGACGCUUUUGUCGCCAUCUCCAAUUCAGAUUUCUCUCCCCGAUCAGUAUCAAAACGAGGCACGCCUCAAGCCCCCGAUGGCUACGUCCCCUCCAAAGUCGACUGUCCGAGUACACGACCGACGAUUCGAAAUGGCUCUUCCAUCUCGAGCAUGGAGCGCGAUUGGAUCCCGAAGCGUCGCAACGAAACCAUCUCCCCUAUCCGAACCCUCUUGAAGCGUCUAGCGAUUCCCGGUUUCGACAGCGAGGCGUACCUCAAGGAUGCUGAGACAGAUCCUACUGCCCUUCCUAAUAUUGGUAUUGCUAUCUCUGGAGGUGGCUACCGUGCUAUGCUUUGCGGUGCUGGUGCGCUGGCAGCUUGGGAUAUUCGUUCCGAUGGAAGCGACAAGGAUGGAAAUCUUGGUGGUCUUCUACAAAGUGCGACAUAUCUUUCAGGUCUUUCCGGUGGUGGAUGGCUUGUGGGCAGUUUGAUGAUGAACAACUUUACUUCUGUCCAGGAAAGCGUGAACUAUCCCGGAAUUUGGCAGUUGGAGAAUUCGAUCCUCGAGGGCCCUGAGAAUUACUCUCUUCUCCAGUACUACAAUACGAUUUUCGACGCCGUCUCCGAAAAGAAGGAUGCUGGUUAUGAACGAUCUCUGACUGAUUACUGGGGCCGUAUGCUGUCGUACCAACUUAUUAAUGCAACAGAUGGUGGUCCCGCAUAUACAUGGUCUUCAAUCGCCGACGAUCCUGACUUCUCUGAGGGCAAGGCCCCUAUGCCCAUCAUCAUUGCGGAUGGUCGUGCGCCAAACGAGACUAUUAUCAGUCUCAACGCGACCAAUUUCGAGUUCACCCCCUGGGAGCUUGGUUCCUACGACCCCGUUCUUCAGGGCUUCGUUCCUCUCAAGUAUGUCGGUUCAGAGUUCGAUAACGGCAAGCUACCAAAGGACAAGUCCUGCAUUGCUGGUUUCGACAACGCCGGCUUCGUCAUGGGAACUUCUAGCAGUCUCUUCAACCAGAUUGUUCUGUAUCUCAACGAAGACGACAACAACUACGUUCCUGACGGUGUUCCGGAUAUCGCAGUCGAAGCCGUAACCUCUGUUCUCAAAGCUAUUGGCUCUGACAACAACGAUAUUGCUGACUGGACUCCUAACCCCUUCAAGGGCUGGAAUGACGAGAAUAACUUGAGCGCCGAAUCUGAGCGACUCACUCUCGUCGAUGGUGGUGAAGACCUCCAGAACAUCCCUUACUAUCCUCACAUCCGAAAAGAUCGUGAGGUCGAUGUCGUCUUCUCCUUCGACUCCUCCGCCGAUACCGAUUACGGCUGGCCCAACGGCGCAUCUCCCAUCGCCACCUACGAGCGCUCUCUCACCAACAUCUCAGAGGGCUCAUCAUUCCCAUCCGUCCCCGGCAAGAACACAUUCCUCAACCUGGGCCUCAACACCCGCCCAACUUUCUUCGGCUGCAACGCAACCAACAUGACCGACCCCUCACCCCUCAUCGUCUACAUCCCCAACUACCCAUAUGUCUACUCCUCCAACAUCUCCACCUUCCAAAUGAGCAUCAACACCUCCGAGCUCUCCGCCAUCAUCGAGAACGGCUACGCCGUAGCUACCAUGCUAAACGGCACGCGCGACAAGGACUGGCCCGUCUGCGUUGGCUGCGCAAUGCUCUCUCGCAGCUUCGACCGUACAAACACCACUGUUCCUGACAAGUGUCAGGAAUGCUUCACGAAUUACUGCUGGAACGGAACUCUUGAUGAGAGAGAGCCUAGCGAGUAUAACCCUACUUUCAUCGGCGAGCAGAUCGAGGUGGAAAGCUCAGCGUCAAAGGCCAGCAGCGCUUUUAUCGCUAUUGCAGCUAUUGCAGGAUUUAUGCUCGCCAUUUAAAAAUGAAUGAAAAGUAGAGGAAAAGAUGAUAUAUAUAUAUUUGCUUAUGGGAGUACCGCAUUGGAGUUUUGUUCUAUCUGAAGCGCCGUGAUCUUGAGGACAUGGAUUCAUGAGGAAGUUUAUAUAGGGGUUGGAUAGAUGAUGAGUCGGAGACUCGUCUUAUUAUUUACUCGGAAUUCUCCAUAUUGGCACGAUCUUGUGAAGUUUAUCGUGACGUUUAGCCUUCGGUAUGCAGCUUACCAGACUUGCGAUUUGCAGGUACAAUGAUAUGAGGACCUUCUCGAAUGGACCUCACCGUCUACUAAAGCUCAUUGAGGGCCGUCAGCAACGUCGCUCUAUGUUGACUACGCACAAGCUAUAUACUUGUUGUUUGCUCCCUCAUGUAAUGUUAUCUAGGUAUUUGCUAUUUCGCCUCUGAUCAGGUCUCAAGCUCUUAGAUGCAGGUGGAUUCACACGACAACUUCUCGCGACACUGGUUCAUGCUCAAAAACACUAGUUCUUCCUAUCCAUAACUUUUCCUUCAUUAACUCAUUACUUAUUCCUAAAUACUCUAAGCAAAGGUGACAUCCUUGCCAGUCUUGGCACUCUCAAAAACACCCUCAAUGAUCUGCAAAACAUCCCUCGCCUCAGAUGCCUUCACAGGAACAUCUUCCUCCUUCCCACUCUCAACAGCCUUACCAAGCUGAGCAUAGAA